AUGCUUGGGUACAACAGGGGCGCGGGUGAUGAGGAGAUCCCUCAAGGCCUGUGCGAUACUAAUAUCAGGCUGAAAUGGAUGACAGAGGUCAGCUCGAGUGUGUAUGCCACCCCCAUCAUCCAUGACCUGCUCAGCGAUGGCCACAAGGACAUCAUAGUGCCGUCCUUUGUCCAUUAUGUGGAGGUGCUUGAUGGAGUCGAUGGGGCCAAAGCCUCAGAUGACUCAUGGCCGGCCUUCCACAAAAGUUUUGUGCAUGCCUCACCAGUCUUAUUUGACUUUGACGAGGACGGCGUACUCGAUAUUUUGAUAGCAACUUACAAUGGAGAGAUUCUUGUGGUCAAGGACACGGGAGAAGUGUUGGCGGAGAAACUGGUGGUGCCUAGAUUGAGAGUAAGGAAGGACUGGUACAAAGGCUUGGACGAUGACCCCACUGAUCACAGCCACCCUGACGUGGGCAUCAGACCUGAUGCCCAGGAUGGCUCCACAGUCGAGGCAAAUCUGACGGCGGGGAUGCGGCGGCAAUUGCUGGCUGUUAAUGAAUCGGGGAGCGCCCCUGGCGGACAGUCAGAUCUGAGAGCAGGGCAGCGGCGCCUGUUGCAGGCUGAGUCUAAGGUGGACAUUCCGGAGGAGGCAGCACAAACAUAUAAGGAACUUUUUGAGGACCCACACAACGAGUGGAACGCGGAAUUGGAGUCUGAUGAUGCUGCAUCCUACAUGCAUGACAUGGACAACCCAGGCAUCCGCGGCCUCAUUGAUGGCGACGGGUUUGACUCAGGGGAUGUGGCAGACUGGCACAGCAAGUAUGUGCAGCAUUAUGACGAUCACUAUGUGGAUGACUGGAAACCGCCCCCAGACAUGAGUGAGGAUGAGAUGUGGGGCGAUGAGUGGUUCUUUGAGGCUCCCCAUGAGCGCGAGAAGGGCUUCCUGCGGCUGGAUUCGCACAUCAUGAGCACUCCAGCCAUAGCAGACAUCGAUGGGGAUGGUCAGGCUGAGAUAGUCAUUGCUGCCUCAUACUUCUUUGACCCAGACUACUAUGAUGAUCCGGAGCACAAGAAGGAGCUCGGAGAGGACGUAGACGUGAGCAAAUAUGUCGCUGGAGGCAUUGUGGUGUUCAACUCGAGGACGCGCACCAUCAAGUGGCAGCAGCACCUGGACCUGUCCACUGACAGGACUGCCUUCAAGGCCUACAUCCAGGCCUCUCCCACUCUUGCUGACAUCAAUGGUGACGGCAAGCUGGAGAUUAUAAUCGGCACAAACAUGGGAUUUGUGUACGUGCUGGACUGCGAGGGGCGCACGGUGGAGGGCUGGCCGCUGCAGAUGGGCGCUGUGCAGGCGCAGGUGGCCGUGGCCGACAUCAACGGCGACGGCGCGCUCGAGAUCGUGGCCGCCGACGCGCGCGGCAACGUGGCCGCCUUCUCCGCUGACGGCUCCGAGCUCUGGGAGCGCCACGUCAAGAGCCUGGUCGCCCAGGCGCCGUCGCUGGGGGACAUAAACGGGGACGGCGUGCUGGAGGUGGUGUUUGCGAGCGCGUCAGGCGCCGUGUAUGCGCUGUCGGGAGUCAGCGGCCACGAUGUGGCGCCCUUCCCCUUCCGCACGCGCGGCCGCAUCACCGCCCCGGUGCUGCUCGUGCGCCUGCGCGACUCCGGCCCGGCGCUGCACGCCGUGGUGCAGUCCUACGACGGCCACUUGUACGCCAUCGACGGCGUCACAGGCUGCGCUGACACGGUGGACAUUGGGGAGACUGCGUACAGCAUGGUGCUGGCGGACGACAUGGACGGCAACGGGCGCAUGGACCUCGUCCUGGCCACCAUGAACGGCAACGUGUACUGCUUCGAGACCGCCGCCAGCUACCACCCCUUGAAAGCCUGGCCCUCCCAGGUGCUGGAGCACAGCGGGUUUGUGGCGAGGUACAACUGGGAGGGCGUGUAUGCAGUGGCGGCCAGCAGGGCGCCGCGCGACGUGCGCGGGCAGACUCUGGCAGUGCGCUUCCAGAUCAUUGACAAGCGCCCGCGCAGCACUGUUGGCGGCAGGAACGCCACCGGGGGGCCCUACAACGUGGCUGUCAGGCUGCAGGGUGUGGGUGUGGAGGAGAUGAAGGCUGGCGAUCAGCCGGUCAUCGGGACGACGUCUGUGCCAUGCCCACGGACGCGGUCCACGGCAACUGUGCGCAUAGAGAUGGUGGACGAGAACAAGCAAAUGUUUGUGGACACCUUUGCGCUGUCGUUCCACAUGCACUUCCACCGCCUCUUGAAGUGGCUACUGGUGGCACCCUUUCUGGCCUGCGUGGCUGCAGUGCUCAGCCUGCAGUUUGACAUUGACCUGCAGGAUGCCCUGCCCUCCUUCAACAGGAGAGUCUCCAUGAGUGCUCCAUGA